GAAAUGACAAUAGCUUUUUAAAACUCACACAAAUAAGUGAAGAAGUUGAAGUUCAAAAUUUGAUCAUAACUACCAACUUAAUAAUUUCGAUAUUUUUAUCAAUUGACUUAGAACUUGCGGAUAAAAAAUACAUAUGAACCUAUGAGGAGUGGUUGGUUGGUCCACCACCUAAACCAAAACCACUCUUACAAACAAUUCGCAUUACGUUACUACUUACCACCAAGUAAGGGCAAAGAGAGGUGCAAAUGUGAAUGAAUGAGUCCAACCAUCCAAACCAAUAAACCAAACCCGUGUGCGAAGUGCGAACCCAUUCUCUUUCUCUCUCUCUUGGCCUAACCACUAAACCAAACUCUCUCUCUCUCUCUCUCUCUCUCUCUCUCUCUCCAUGGCUUCACAGCAACACGACACCGUUUUCCCCGAUGAAGACAUCGACGACGAAGACGAAGAAUUUCACGAAUACGAAGAAGAAGAUGAAGAAGAAGAAGAAGACGUUUUAGUCGAAGAAGAAGAAAACGCUUCUAUCUCCGCUCCCUCCGUCACCGUCGCCGUUCCCGGUUCCGCCAUCUCCAACGGAGAAAUCAGACCUCCAAUUGUAACUCCAACCGCAACAACAAUCGUUUUCGCAAACUCCUUCCCCGAUUCAAAACGCCAACGUUUAGAUCAAAUUGAAGAAAAAAAACCUCCUCUCGAAGAUUCACGUAAGCUUUUUCAACGUCUAUGGACAGACGAAGACGAGAUGGAACUCCUCCAAGGUUUUCUCGAUUACACAACACAGAGAGGUUCCUCUCAUCACAACGACACUGCUCAAUUUUACGAUCAAAUCAAAUCGAAACUCCAACUCGAUUUUAACAAGAACCAGCUCGUUGAGAAGAUCCGAAGGUUGAAGAAGAAAUACCGAAACGUUCUAAACAAAAUCAGUUCCGGUAAGGAAUUUGUCUUCAAAACCGCUCACGAUCAAGCUACUUUUGAAAUCUCGCGCAAGAUCUGGAACAACGUGGCGCCAAUCGCCGGUGAUAUUGCUAUUGACGAUGAAGAAAUCAAUCUCAAUCCUAGUCCCAACCCUAACCUCAAUUUCACUCCCGUAAUUCUCAAGUCUGAAUCAACUUCGCAUACGCGAAAGCGUUCACGGCCUCGAUCUGUGAUCAGAAGCUUCGAGAAACGUGAAUCAAAUGAUGCAAUUGCAUCAAUCAGAGAUCGUGAUUAUCUCAAUAUCAACCUCAACAAUCCUAAUCCUAAUUUUAAUCCUAAUCCUAAUCCUAUUGCUAAUCCUAUCAUAGCUACUACUUCCGCUACUGUUAACACAGCAGCAACAACAGCACCUACAAUUACUACUACUCCUAAUACUAAUCCUGCAAUUAAUGCUAAUAAUUAUAGUAACAAUUGUAGUAGUAACAUUGGGAAUAGUGUAGCAGGUGUGAUUGAAGAGACAGUGAGGAGUUGUUUAUCGCCGUUGUUGAAGGAAUUGAUGACCAGUGCGACAGGAGGACCGUUCGGAGCAAGAGGUGCCGGUGGUUUCGCGAUGAAUCCGUUGCAGUUGAUGAAUUUAGGUUAUGGAGAAGUGGUGGAUGAGAAAUGGAGGAAGCAACAGAUUUUGGAAUUGGAAGUGUAUUCAAAGAGACUGGAAUUGGUUCAAGAUCAGAUCAAAGCAUCUAUUGAUGAAUUGCGUUCGGUUGGUGGAUCAACCUUUUAGUUGUUAAUUUUCUUGUUUUAAUUAACUUAGUUGUUGAUUAGUGUUAAAGUUAUUGUAAUUCUUCAACUUUAUUUUUCUUCAUGUUUAAUUUAUAUACAGAUUUGCUUCCUAAUUUAUCCACCAACAUGGUUGAUGAAUGAAUGAAUGAAUGAUACUCUCAUAGUGUUUAGCACAACUUUUGUUUGUGUUUAUUUCGAAUAACAUUUGUGUAGUGCUUAAUAAAAUGCAACUUGUCAUUCCUUUGAUUCUA